AUGUCUCUAAAGACUUUAGUGACUCUGGAUGCAAUGACAUUAACUCAAUUGCCGUUAUAUUUUCAUUGCAGAGUUGGUAUGGGAAGCGAGGCAUCAACGCAGGGUGAUGUGUAUAGUUUUGGUAUCAUCUUACUUGAAAUGUUAACUGGGAAAAGACCAACAGAUGACAUGUUUGGCGGCAAUUUAAGCCUUCAUGAUUUCGUUAGGAAUGCCAUACCUGAUGGAGCACUUGAGAUAGUAGAUCCAGUUCUUAAUUUUGAAGAGGAAGAAAUAAGCAGAGAGAGAUCUCAAAUUCCAAGGUUCAUGAGAAGGCAAAAAAUGGUAGAGGGUUUAAUUUCCUUAUUUGGAGUUGGUAUUGAUUGUUCAAUGUAUGAUUCAAGUAAAAGAAAAAACAUGAAGGAGGUUGUUAGAGAGUUGUGUUCUAUAAGAGAUUCUCUUGUUGGUUGUACAAUAUGA